AUGGGUGAACUUCCUGGAAAUGAGCUGCGUUUCCGUCGCGCUCUGUAUCGCAUAUCCGCAGGUGUCCUUUGCCGGACGGACCUAUGUAUUAUUGAAGGCUUCGUGGAUCAUUUGAUGCGUGAGUCUCCCGGAGAUGGUGAAUAUACGCUAUCGGUGCGCGAUAAUGCCCUGGAGGUGGCCAGUUCCUUCAACAAGUUCAUGUAUCAUAGGGUGGUCCUUACCCUAGUACCGAAACUGGAACGUCGCAUUAGGAGCAUCGUGAACAAACUCAAAAUCCUUUUGACAAUACACAAAGAUGAGAUCCAGCCAAUCACUCUUUUGCAAUCGAAAGGUGUUGGUUUGUUUCAUCUGGCACUUGUCCGACAUGCCGAGUGUCGUGUCGAACAGUUGUCCGUUCUUAAGACGCUCCUUGCCGAUUCGCAAUUCGUCUUGUCACCCUUCUUCGCUAGUUUAAUCGCAAAUCUACUUGAGUCUAUUACUUGCGAAGAGUUUGAGACUUACAUUUCAUCGGACAUUUUAAGGCUGUUGAAACGAGGGCAAAAAGGGGUAGCUUUUACUCUCUUCACACUACAGAAAUACCUAAAGCCCCACGUCACCUUGAGUAGAGCAGUUGAUAUAACGGAGAACCUUAAGCAGUUCCUUAUGCAGCAAGACGGGACAACCAUUUUUGGAGCUGAGAAGGUGCCAUAUGAAGAGGUGAAGCGCAAGGGACCAUAUGGCCAGGUAGUAAGCGAAUUGAUCCACUGGUUCUCAGGGGCCGCAUUUCGUUCUUCCAAUUGCCCCCUCGCUAAAUAUCUCCGAGGUGUUCUGGACAGCUUCUCAGGGACUUCCCGCCUGAGCGCCCCGAAUCAGGAAAUCAAUGCACAGCUAUUACUGUUGCUGUUACCCAUUAGGCUCGAGGAGUCUAUCGAUGCAACCCUAGUUUCAAAUGUAGUUGAGUCGUAUAGGUUGACUAUAAGGAGGAUAGCAAAAUCGCACCCUUUGGAGUCAGUCCAAUUAUACUUUAUCCAAAUAGUUGGACAUCUGCUCGCGCUCCUCCCUGACUCGGAUUUUGAAAACCUAUUGAUGGAUAUUUUGUCGGAGCAGAUGAAACCGUUAGAGAAGUUAAACCAGAAAACGAAGGAUGUUAGAAUAAACGACGCCAUUGUCUCUGCUACCCUCUACGGUUUAAGGUACGUUACAGGUGCUUAUCAAAUGCAUGGCGGCCCGAGAACAUUUGAGGGGGCAUCCAAGUUGAAAGGCUACUUGACUACUCUAAUCCAGUUCAGUCAAGACAAGCCAGUAUACAAGAAUUGUUUGUUCGAAGCAAUGUUUGUAAUGUUGCACCUGGAGCCCGAUGAUGUAACUUACCUUCCGGAAUCUUCUACCACUGCUGCUGCACGUGCUUCAGAACAAAUGAAGUUGUCUAACGUGUUAGAAGCGAUGCAUAUAAAUAACCGUGAUCCACUUGGCCAUCUGUCUAUGUGCGAAAAUGCAUUAAAAAGACAGGAUAUCACUCCCCAGGAUGGCAAAAUAUCAACACUGAUGGGGAUGAAAAAUAUUCCUAGUAUGGUGGAGGCGGUUACCGAAACUACGGGCAGCCAGCUAUAUGCAACAAUGGUAGACUUGUAUGAAGAAUUGUGUAAUAAGAAGGAUGAUGUGAAACAUCCAGUGCUGGCAUGUGUUUACACACGACAACAUGUGGAAAGGCGUCUUCAAGAUUUUAAUGGCACGCUGCAAGAGCAUCACAUUUACAACAUGCUCCUCACCAUCUUACAUUCCUCAAUCAAGUUAAAGUAUAAGAAAUCCAUCCGCAUGCUGCGAGAUGCCUGGAUGCGUUACAACAGCGAUAAGCAUUUGUUCACUGUUCUGGUUCAUUGCAUUCUUCUUCGAUGUCCUUUGGCUGAGUUCCCGAACGGCUCAGAUUUAUCGCGCAUUAUAAACUCACGCCCUUGCAAAGUGAUACGAGUUCUGGCACCCGUUUCGUUGGACGAAAACGCUGUUUUCGGUAUUGUGCACCAUUCCGUGGAAGAGGGAACAGUGCCGUUAAUUUUGGAUCACUAUUUGGCGUUUCAAGAUGCAGACGUCUCAGAACUCAUUCGUUCAUUGUUAUUGGCUGCAGAAAAUACGUUGAAUAAACUAAGGUCUUUUGAAAAGGAGGACUUUGAGAUAUAUCUCGCCCCUGCAGACAAGCUGUACCAGGAUUCAAGGCAAUAUCAACCUAAUAUCCACCAAAGCGACAAGAAAAAGUUUAGCAAUCUUACAAAACAACAAUUGGACGAGAUGCGAUACAAGGACCAGUGUGCUGUAAGGCGUGAGAUAGCGCAUCUUGUUAAGAAAGUUAAUACAACCUUGUAUGCACUAUCCCGCGCAUUGGCACAUAAACGUGAUUACUUGAAGGCCUUUCUACGUGAUUUUCUGGUUAUCUGUAAAAUGGCGCUAGGAGUGAGUGUGUUGCGUGGUUCCUUUUCCCUGUUUAUGGAUAUGCUAUGUCAACAGUGUCUUAUUGGCGUGCUUCCCAACACCGCAGGGCGUAUUUCCUUCAUACUUCAAUCUAUAUAUUCGGAGCAGGAUUAUCGCAUUAAUUACGACAAUUUGAACGUUGCGCUUAACGAUUUGAGUGACUCGUGUGUUACGAGCACAGAAAGCGGCAUUCUCAUCACUGAGAUAACGACCUACGUGCUGAGCAGUUGCGAUACGAAUAUCAGCAUCAAGGAGGCUUGCCUGCGUGUAAUAUUGAAGUUCCUGGGAGAUAGGGUUGAUAUAGGUCAACGCAAUAUUAUUGAUGCAGUUGCGGCGAAUUUGCGUAAUGAGGCAUUAUAUCCAUCCAUGAUAGCGACCCUCAAAGAGGCGGUCAAGUACAUGGUCGACCAUGAGGGAAUCACUUCAAUAUGCAAGAUAGGCCUCUCCAGCACAACGAGCCUGGUGAGGGAGGUUGUAGCGUUUUAUGUGCGUGAUCGCAGACCAGAUUCAUUGGGCUCUAUCGCCAAGUAUUUGAUGAUUAUGGGGAUUGAUGUAGCUGGAUUAUCAUGCCCUGUUAAGCACAUCAUCGAUCUUUUGCCUCAAUAUGUUGAAUGUAAUCCUGAACUUCUGGACUUGGCACCGAAGGUAUUUUUGCUGUACUCAGUCAAUGACGUAAUGGACUCCUUUCAGGCUUGCUAUCAGGAAAUAGACAGGAUGGCCCGUGGCUCACUCAUUGUGGUUCUGAUUCGCUAUUUCAGCAUAUUGUCGGAAAAUGUGGUUCAUUCGGAUAUUUUCGAUCGAUUUGUGUUAAUGUCCGGUGAUUCCUCCCACGUACACAGGACACUGGAUUGUUGCAAGGCCCUUUCGAAGACAGUUCCAACGCAAUCUGUAGGACUACUUAUCGCUCACAUGAGAACGUGGAUGGACAACAAGUAUCCUCAGGCUUUGGACGCUCUGCCUUCUGGUUUUCUCGCGGCAUCGGAUAUUGUGACUCUAGGAGUAUGUGCCACUUUUAUGGGCUACCUACAGGAGAAGAUUAAGUAUGAUUCUCAGGUAAAGUGGAAUUUGGAACUGUUGUUAAAAAUUCUAUCUUUUGAGAAUGAAUUUUCUAAGGCGGAGGCUGGAUAUAAUAGCGCGGCGAUUAUUGCGUCUCUGGCCAGAAUAUGCGCUCUUGAGGAUGAAGAGGAUUUGCUAAACACAAAGAUUCCAAUGUUGCUCUCAUCUGUCUCCGACAACGAUUUUGCCACGGUGCCGUGCGUUUCCUUGCUUAAGGGCGGUGGUCUUCUUUAUCUCAAAAAGCAUAAUAUAGUAGCCAAGAUUAAAGAGUCUUUGCGCGUAAAGGGCAUGCCCAGGGAGUUGUUGUUUGUGAAAGAGCUGGCCAACCAGUUCGGACGCCUAUUUGAACCGUACGUGAAAGACAUUUUUUCAACGUUGCUCCGAUGUUUUCCCGACAGCUUUGAUGUGUGCUUAGACACGUGUGCCACAGUUCUUGGUAUACUCACUCCAGUUGGAUUUAAGAGCAUAUUGCCAAUUAUUACCGAAUCAUUGGGUACGUACUCCUCUAACAUUAAGUUGGGGUGCCUGCGUCUUUUGUCGCAAGUGAUUAAAAACUCGAAGCUGCAGUCCGUUAUAAUAAAAAAUGUGAGCGACGUUGUUAAGGUCGUUUCACCGUGCACAACCGACACUCAGAAGGCUGUAAAAGACGCUGCCGAACAUGUGUUGGAUUCUAUUGUUGGGCUGGCUGGAACAGAAUCCAUCCUUUACCCGACUAUGGGCAGCAUACUGAAAGUAUUAUCCCAUCCCUCGGAUAUGAAUGUCCUUUCAACAAUGCAGGCAUUGUAUGAGUAUGCUCGUAAUCAUCCAAAUGAUGAGGGAAAAUCGCAUGCAACAAUCGGUGUGGUUGAGCUUGGUCUGUUGGAACCCGUUUUAUCUCGUUCUUUGAAGUCAAGAAAUGGUUCGUGUCGACAGUCUGCAAUUGUAUUCUCUUCAUGGCUCGUCUAUCGUUGUGGCGGCUAUCGUGAAGUGGAACUUUUCUUCACCACUUUCAUGCCUAACUUGACCGACCAUCUUAAGGAUACGCUUCCGGAAAUUCGCCGAGAAGCUGCAAGAGCGAUUGGUUGUUGCGCGAAUGCUUUUAAAAGGUUUGGUUGUGAUACAUCCAAGGUUCUCAUGAUUGAUUUAAUCAAUCGUCUCAUGAAGUGUUUAAUGGAGUCUAUAACAAGCCUUGAGCGGUGUUCAGCAGCGGCUGGUCUUGCGGAGGCCCUGUGGGCUGUUGAUGACGUUUUCGUAGAGGGCAUUGUCACGAAGGUGCUGAAAAUAUUGGACUCUAGAGACAGCACCCCUCAGAUGCGUGAGGGUUGUUUGGCCCUUUUCAGACACCUACCUCUCACUUGCCAUGAUUACAUGCUAACCAAUCUUGAUACCAUCCUGUCGCGAGUAAUGGGUAUUCUUUGCGACGAGGAUGAACGAGUGCGGGAUAUGGCGUCUAACGUCAUUCGCACGGUAAUAGAGAAGUACCAUGAAAGCAGCAGAGAUAUCGUUUUCAACAAUUUACGGCUGGCCUCGCGGUCGAAGGAAUGGCAGACACGUAACAUUGCACUGCCUUUGCUGCAGUUUCUGAAUACGCUGAAGGAGGACAAUAGAGUGACUGUUGAGCUAUAUAUCGGACGUUACGACCAGAACCCUACUGUGAAAACUACGGCAAUGGAUAUCUGGAAAGGCAUGAAUGUUACUCGAUCCCUUCGCACAAUUUUCCCUCUCGUGCUCCAUAGCGUGAUAGAACUGUUAGAGCAGGAUGAUGAUGAAGAAGAUACAAGGGUACAAGCUGGAGAAUGCAUAACCGAUGCAAUCUCUCGCCUGGGUUCCGACACUGUUAAUGAUUUUAUCGAAGCGAUUCUUAACUGUGAUGGCGCUUUCCGCGGUCGCUGCAUCGGUAUUGCAUCCCUGGCAUCCAAUGGCAAGGCCGGUAUAGAGAAACACCUUCCCCGUAUAUUGCAGUUUUUAAAGGAAUGCCUGUGCAAAACGUGCUCUUGCCACGAGGCUUCGAAGGCGCUUGCAACCUUGGCUGGAUACUUCCCUGCGGUUGUAUCAGAAGUGUUACCUUCUUUGGUAAGCGAUCUAUUCUCCAAAGAUGAGAAGGAUGCGUAUUUGGUGGGCAUAACACUGCUGAUAGAGUCUCAUUCCGAGUGUUACAGUGUUAUUCUGCAGGAGGUGCUAAAUCCGGAACUAGAUGUAACCCGGCUGGCCCUUCUGGAAAGAAUGCUAUGCGCCAAACGCACGAAGGUUGUUUUUUCACAGCAGAACAUCCUGUCACGCUGCCUUAGCCAGAUGCUGCUCUACUACCGAGCAUUCCCCAAGGAAACCAUGGCGUCUUUUUCCGCUUUCGUCUCCUUGGUUAGGGCGGAGUCAGUUAUGCGUUUGAUUCACAUUUUGAUUGAGAUGUUGGACGAUUUGGCUGCUGGGUCCAAUGAUGGCUCCAAAAAGUCAACUUUGAUUGUGUUCGUAUCACGUGUACUGGAGUUACGUGACUGUGAUGUUGACAGCCAUUACGGGAAUGUGGCAGAUUCAUUGUCCCGUUACAUCUUCGCCGAUCCCGGUACCAUGGAAGCAUCGAUUUUGGUUUUAGAUCAGCUCAUCAAGAGUGCGGAGAGGCGUGCAGAACUGGAUAACUUGAUCGGCGCCUUCUCGAAAUACUUCAGUGCAUUCGGCGUUGCCAAUGGCCAGGUACAACAAACGUCGCUGACUACAACUCUUCCGCUGAUGAUGUCGCUUAUACAGAAGGGGCUGGUAAAAUCCAAUGCGAAGAUUGAAGCAGCUAAGUGCGUGACCGCAUUGCACAAGCUAGUCGGAACUGAACAUAUGGGUCCGUUUAUUUUGAAAACCAUUGGCGCCAUAAUUCGGUGUCUCAACGAUAAGUGCCCAUCGCUGCUAAAGAUCUCGUUGUUAGAGGCAAUUCACUCGCUGCUUCACUGCGAAGUGACACAUGUGCGCGUUAUUUUGUACCAGUUGCAAUCGGCGCUCUUCAAGUGUUUGAGUGACGUCAACAGCGAGGUCAACAUGCUAAUAGGCCCAACUUUGCGUCUAUAUGUAAGAUUGGCGCCAAACAAAUCUGAUUCAGUGCUUGCUGACCUGCUCCAACUGGCCUCUGACAAGGUGGGGAAGCCUACGGUAAAAACGGCCUCGUUGCACGCCAUCACGGAGGUAUUGAGUGCACCACCAAAUCUUACCACCCCUCCAUUUGAGGAAUUACUGAGAUUGCUGCAAGAUUGCAGCGGUACCGACAAACAAUUGGUUUGUCAAGCCAUAGGUUUGUCAGCUCAGUUGGAGGGCGAUUAUGGCUCCGAUUGGCUGCCCAAUACCUCGGCAUUGUCUGCGCUUUCGUCCAUCGUUUUAAGCGAUAGAGGCUUCACCAGGCUCUAUCAGACUACGCCUAAGGAUUUCGUCGACGUGUUGCGCCAGAGUUUGAAAUCGGACAUGCCAAGUGUGAACCUCUGUGCGUUGAAUAUAUUCUGUCGAAUAUCGAAGCUGACUCGAUCAUCUCCGUUGGCUCGAGACUUCGUGAAGUCUUACCUGAGCAUCCUACCACCAGGCGCAAAGCUGCCUCCUAGCGGGCAGUCUCAGAUACUUCAAAUUUACAAGCGACUACUCCGUUUUGAGCAGAACGUCCCCAAUUUUGGUUCGCAGUUGGCGUAUAUCAGCGAAGCGAUUUACGGCGUUCCGUUAGUAAAGCUGGAGGCUGAGAAGGUGCUUCUGGUGCUACUUGGACCAUCGCAUGACAUGGACAACAUGCUGUCAUUUAUGAAACAGCAUUCGCCGUCGGACAAAGUUACGAAAUUAUUGUCCGAAUAUGCGCUACGGGUGUUGGUAAAGGGCAACAAAAACGACCAGCUGAGUGACAGCGAUGCGUGA